ACAAUUUAGAUCUGGGAGAAGGAACAAGGAGAGAGCAGAGAGAGCUGAUGGAGUCUGAGCAGCUUCCAGCUGCAUGGUCUCUGCAUGAUGAGGGAGCGGAGGUGGGCGGGGCCUGUCCUCCAUUAGAGGGUGUGUCUGAAGACCUGGGAGGUAGGCCGCUGAUCCCGAUGACGCAACAUGGAAAGGAUGAGCUGUGGUCAUGUGACAGCUCUGCUUCCUCCUCCGAGGACAGUGACGAUGAUGAUAAUGAUUCAAGAGUGAAGAAGAAGAAGAAGAAGAAACUGAAGAAAAAGAAGAGCAAGAGAUCAAGCUCGUCAUCAUCAUCAUCAUCGUCAUCAUCCAGUUCUUCAUCAGACAGUGACAGCAGUGAGGAUGAGAAGAAGAAGAGGAGACAAAGGAAGCAGAAGGCUGUGACUACGGCGAUACCUGAGUCAGGCCUUGUGCUGGAAAUUGUGUUAAUACCAUUGAAAGAGCAAAACAACGAGCAGGAGAUGAAGAAAGCAAAAAAAGACAGUACGACUAAGAAAAAGAAGAAGAAAGACAAGAAGAAAAAGAAGAAGAAGAAAAAGAAGAAGAAGAAAAAGAAGAAGAAGGAUUCCAGCUCGUCUUCCUCCUCUGACAGCUCAUCAUCUGAUAGUGAAGAUCAGGGCAUGAAAAAGAAGAAGAAAAAGAAAAAGUUGAGGAAGAAGGGCUCAUCGUCUGACAGCUCCACUGAUGAUGAAAAGAAGAAAAAGAAGAAAGACAAGAAAAGAAAGAAGAAAAAGAAAAAAGACUCGAGUUCCAGCUGCAGUCCGUCCUCAUGCGAGAGUGAUGACGAGAAAUCGAGCCAUAAAUUAAAGAAAGGCGAGCUGGAGGGAAGGUCAGGAGUGACAGCUGAUGAUUGGUCAGCAGCUUCAGCAGCAUUCCCUGCAGUCUGUGAGGCCGAGAGCACUGACAGGAGAUCUGACAAUGGUGAAAGAGGAGAAGAAGAAAUGAAAGAGGAGCUGAAGAAAAAGAAAAAGGAGUCUGCUUCAUCUUCAGAAUCAUCAUCUUCCAGUUCAGACAGUUCCUCCUCAGACAGUGAGGAUGACAAGAAAAAGAAGAAGAAGGAGAAGAAAAAGAAGAAGAAAAAGAAGAAAAAGAAGAAGAAGAAGAAGAAGAAGAAGAAGAAGAAGAAGAAGGACUCAAGCUCAUCUUCAUCUGCUUCCUCAUCCUCAUCGGAUAGUGAGGAUGACAAGAAGAAGAAGAAGAAGAAGAAGAAGAAGAAAAAGAAGAAAAAGAAAAAGAAGAAGAAGGACUCAAGCUCAUCUUCAUCUGCUUCCUCAUCCUCAUCGGAUAGUGAGGAUGACAAGAAGAAGAAGAAGAAGAAGAAAAAGAAGAAGAAAAAGAAGAAAAAGAAGAAGAAGGACUCGAGCUCAUCUUCAUCUGCUUCCUCAUCCUCAUCGGAUAGUGAGGAUGACAAGAAGAAGAAGAAAAAGAAGGAGAAAAAGAAAAAGAAGAAGAAAAAGAAGGACUCAUCCUCGUCAGACUGUUCCUUCUCAGACAGCGAGGAUGAAAAGAGGAAGAAGAAGAAAAGAAAGAAGAAGAACAAGAAGAAAAACGCCAGCAGCUCUUCAUCUGACAGUGAGGAGGAAGAGAGGAAGAUGAAAAGGGAAAAAAGAGGAAAGAAGAAAAAGGGCAAAUCCAAGAAGAAGCAGAAGGAUUCCAGCUGUCCUUCACCUCACAUUGACGAUGACAGUAAAAAGAAGAAAGAGGAUUUAAAGGAUGAAGUAAAGGAAGAACCUCAGGAUAAAUGGAGCAACGCAGCAGCAGCAGGAGAAGACAGAGAGAGAUAUGACACGUUCCCAGAUGAUCCCACUCAUGGCAUCUUUACUGAGGGGGUGGACUCUCAAGGGGAGAGCUCCAGGGUCACCUGGACGGGCAGACAGAUAGGCUACAAGUCUCACCUGGCCCCUGAGAGGAACAGCGAUGAAUUGGAAGUUCAGAUGCUGAAAGAGAACAAAUUAUGAUUUUUUAAAAAUAAUUUUGUUUUCUGUAAUUCAAAGUAAAAAAAAAAUCACUCAGAUUUUUGUCUUGCAUGCUAAAGAUUCGAGUUUGGAUUUGAAUUGUGCAAUUCAGCACUUGUUUAACUUUGUAUCGCCAGUCAUGUGCAAAUUGUUUGGGACACAAUCAGGGCUUUUUUGUCAGGAACAAGCUUAGAGUCUUUAUGUCAGUGCUAAAUGAUAAGAUUUCUGAUUUGUUUCUCAAGGGUGAGGGUUUUUUUCUGUAUGGAGAAAGAAAUUAUUGCUUUUUUUUGCUUAAGUUUAGGUUUUAGACACUUGAUUUUAGAUUUGAUCAAAUGAGCACAAAGAGCUCAAAUGACUGAAUAAGGACAAAUUAGAGCUGAAUGUUUUGUUGAUAAUUUGGUAUUAGCAAGGAGACUUGAUUGUAAAUUGGAAAUUCUUGGUGGUUGUAAAGAUGCCAGCUCACUCUUUUAACAGUGAUGACACCAACUCUGGAUAUUUCUGGAGAAAAUGCGAAAAUUGUUUUUAUUUCAAAUACCAUUUCAAUGAAAUUUCAGUUCAUAAAACUUACCAGUGAUGGUGAGAGAAAUGAAAACCAUCAAACUGUAACAUAAAACUGAACCUAAAUUUUUAUCUCAAAGAAUUCAGACACUUGUGACAUGCUGAAACUUUUGCAUUGACAGGAAUAGAUGUUAUGAAGAAAUAUGAUACACAAGAGUCCAAUUUCAUCAGUUGGUAUAAAAUGAGAUUCUGAUUUUUUUAUGUGUGCUUUUUAAUAGAAAGGUUUCAGUCUGUUCAGGAUUAACAACAGCAAUGACAUGAUAAACAGUGAUGCAUGAAUACAAGUUAAACCCAAAUGUCAAUUUUUAUUUUUUUUCAAAACGAAAAUGAACAAUAUGAGCUUUAUAGUGUGAUGAUGUUUCACUGAUUCUUGGGAUUUUGGAUAAAACAGGUUUUAAUUUUGAAAAUAAAACGUUACUUAAAUUACAAAAUCUAAAGGUAUAUCAUUAUAGGACAAGGCCUUGGCUGUUCAGCAAUUUACUGGUACAAGCUCCUCAUUUUGUAUUUUUUUCAUAAAAUAGGCAUUUUUUCAGCUAUUACUUUGUUUUUGUCAACACCGUCAGACACAAUAAAAAGCAAAUUAUUUUGUA